CAUAAGCGUCCAGUUUGUUAGUUGCAAAGCAGCCGUUGGUGUUGUUGGUGCGAGCUGGGGCAAAGCUAGCAAUUCUUUUGCGUGUUCACCUUAAGCUAUAUAAAUACCGCCACUAAUUGCCGUGCAGUAUACCGGAACUAACUAAAAUUUGAGUUCAUUGACCUACCGAUUUCGAGUUAGCUUAUUUUGCAGUGCGUGAUACAAAUUUUUAUUUGAUUCCACAUAAUCAUCAAGUAAAAUAAUAUAUGUAUGUAUUAGCUGCUCAGAAUUUGCUAUCUUCUUUAUUCAUCAGUAACUACAAUUUUCUUUAAUCAAUUCGAAAAUGUGUUAUUGAUUAAAAAUUUGUAUUAACCAUUUUCAAGAUACUUUGAACUAUUUAAAUUGACUUCGUCUGCAAUGUAAGUUCUUCAAUGGACGAAAUGAAGAGAAAAUGCCAUAACAGCUAUCACGCGUGUGUGUUGAUUUUAACGUGGAUGUGUACUCUUUCUAAAGUUGUAUCACUAGAUACCGAAGGAUGUCAUCAACAGCCAAUGGGAAUGCAGUCUGGAACCAUCCCGGACUUGGCAUUAAGCAGCAGUUCCGCGUUUGACAUUCGACUCGGCCCUCAGCACGCGCGGCUGAAUAUUGAUCGGAGUGGAGGUGCCUGGUGCCCAAAGCAACAAAUAGCCGAAAACGUGAAGGAAUAUUUACAGAUUAACUUGGCCAACGUCUCUGUCAUCAACGGAAUAGCAACUCAGGGUCGAUACGGCAACGGGCGGGGCCAAGAAUACGCCGAACAGUUUAAAUUAGAAUACUGGCGACCGGAAUUGGACCUUUGGCAUACCUAUCGUCAACGAGACGGUAACGAUAUUUUUGAAGGCAACUGGGACACGACAACGGUCAUUCAUCAUGAUCUCUAUCCACCAAUUAUCACAAAAAGCCUUCGAGUCAUCCCUUAUGGAGUCCAUCCAAGAACUGUGUGCAUGCGGACGGAACUUUACGGAUGCAUUUGGAAUGCAGAAAAUGUAUCAACCACUUACUCGACUCCGGGGAGAGCUUCAGUGAGAGAUUCCGUAAUUGUGGAAGAUAAGAGUUACGAUGGCUUUAAAGACCACAGCCAAUUGACUCGGUCUGGGGGCUUGUGGAUGUUAACGGACGGCGAAUACGGACUGACAAAUUUCAAAGUGAACUCGAUCAGCCUAGAAGGGCAAGGAUGGGUGGGAUGGAAAACUCACGAUUCAAUCAAGGAGAAACCGAUCGAACUAGUGUUCAACUUUGGAGCUAUUCGGAAUUUUUCGGCUGUCCACAUCCACACAGGAAAUCAGUUUGCGAAACAUGUUCAAGUCUUCUCUAAAGCCAGUUUGAGAUUCAGUAGCAGUGGGCUGAGGUUCAGUCAGCAAUACAUUAAUUACUUCUAUAUGGAAGAUUUGGCAUUGGAAAACCCUCGUAAUGUCACCAUUCGGAUCCCACACCUGUGCGCUGCAUUCGUGAAAAUCCAAUUGUGGUUUGCUGCUCCGUGGAUAAUGAUAAGCGAAGUUACCUUUGACUCAAAUGUUAUUGAGGAGCAUAAAUUAAAAAACAUGAUGCUGGUUGAUGUUGCAGCCAGUGAACAAAACGAGGAUGUGUUGCUGCAAAAUGAAUCAAGACCACCUUCGGAAUCGACAAUUUUAAAUACAGCUUCAUUCCGUGGCUACUUUGAAGCCAUUGUGGGAGCUUUAUCGGCUGCCAUGCUUCUACUCAUAACAGCGAUUGUUAUUAUCAUUGUUAUGUCACAUCGCAAAAAAACUGUGCAAGAAAACCUAGUGGCAUUCAACGUUCCGUUUGAUAUCGACACUUUGAACGGAAAGGAAUCUGUUAUGGGAUUUAGUAGCACUACCGAAAAGACGAAUACUAUUUCCAAAUUUCAGUACGUUCUGCCGGUGAAUGAAAAAAAGGAUCUUAUCUUAGAAUAUGCAGUGUCAUCACCAACGAAAUCAUGGACCGCAACUCAGCCAAUUCGGGUUCAGCAACAAUACAAUACUUUGCAUAAUCAUAUUCCUACCACACGCCGUGAUAAGGCUUCGAGUUUCAAUAGCUACGUCAACCCCUGUGUAGCCACAAUUCCCAACAAAGGAAUAUUAGACGGAAAGUCUGGGCGGAUGGCGACGAGGUCGUCGGAUGUGAGCAGCAUCGCUUGGAACAUCAAACCUCAGUCUCACCGAUUUGCUGUCGAUAAUCUUCCAGAGGCUCACGUUCCUGAAAUCCCCAAACAAUCCCUGAAAUCGUUAGAAUGGCUUGGGUCAUCUGCCGACGGAGAAGCCCACAUAUGCCAUGUGGAGAAAAGCGGUGGCGGAAAUGUUCUCAUCCAGAAACCUGUGAUGGUGCGCUGGGGUGCCGUCAAAGAAAUGGAUCACUUCAUGGACGAGAUCAGGCUGUUGUCUUCCAUCGACCAUCCAAACAUCUGUUUUCUACUUGCAUACAGUUACUCAGCGGGAAUGGGUUACGCAAUUUUCGAAUGUCCCAUAUACGGAGAUCUCAACAGUUAUUUAAAGCAUCUACCUCUAAUAAGCAACAAGAGCGUAUUCAAACUAUCUUGUCAAAUAGCACGGGCUGUGAAAUACCUUGAAGAGAAAGGAAUGGUGCACAAGGAUCUUGCCACAAGGAAUUGCUUAGUGGGUCCCGACUUGCAAAUUAAAAUAUGUGAUUUGGCUAUCAUUUGCGCCGCAUUCAAGGACGAUUACGGCGAAGUUCGUGGACGAAAAUCUCUUCCCAUCCGCUGGAUUGCGUGGGAAACCAUCGUAAUGGACAAAUUCACUUACAGCAGCUCUGUCUGGAUGUUAGCUGUAACGGUGUGGGAAAUUUCCACAGUGGCGAAAGAGAAGCCGUACGGUUCCAUGAAUGAUACGCAAGUGAUUUUGAACGCCGAUCACUUUUUUUAUGCAGACGGCAAGCAGGUGAUUUUGCCCAAACCAAAAGGACGGCCUUGCCAGCUUUACAAAUGGAUGGCGAUGUGUUGGUCCCGAGACGAAGCAAAACGACCUUCUUUAAACGAAUCAGUCACUUUUCUGGAUCAAUUAACAAAAGAUUAUUAAGUACGUGCACCUUUUUAUUCGUUAUUUAUAGGACCAGAUUAUGAAUAUUCUGUCAGCUUCUGUUUUGAUACUAAAUAGAGCUAAGACUAAUGCUAAUUUACUCCACAUAAAUCUGUUAGCCAUUC